AUUUCAAGUGGUAUCAAGGCGUACAAGAACGAGACAUAAAAAUGUAUUUACCAUGAACUCAAACAUGCGUUUUUGUUGUGUAGUGUUAUUUGCAAUUUUUUCCUUUGGUCUCAUCAUUUCAUUACAUGCUGCGUCAUCCUCGGAUACGCCUCCCGCGAAGCGUAUUAAGUCCUCCGAAGAGGAGGUGGCGGAGAACGAGGUGGUGGGGGACAAUGAGCCCUUGAAUGAAGAGGCUGCGAGCGAGGCCUCGGCCGAUAAUGAUGAUCCAAUAGAAAAUAUUAAACGUGAACUUCAGCGUGACCCUUAUUUAAUGAGAUGUUUUCAAAGAGAUGAGGUUACUAAUAAAUAUAUCAGAGAAGAAUUGCAUCCAUUCUAUUUUGAUGUCGUUGAAGAAGCACAGGAAUUUAUAAAAAACGGUAAUGAGGCCGAAGCAAGAAAAAAUGUAACGACUGCAACAAAAGCUAUGGUUCUCGGAUUAAAGGAUGAUGCGAAUGUGAUCGUAGACGAAGAAUCCGUGGAUAAUUUAUGGGGAAAUUAUGAUCUCAGACCCGAUACAGAAGCGAGUAUUCUAAAAAAAAUAAAAGAUGCCGUCGAUAACUUUGUAAAUGACGUAAACAAGAAAAAUAAAUAG